GGUUUACGACUCCGGUGAUAGUUACAGAUUGAAAAGUCACAGUUGAAUGAGCGUCGCAUAUCACCUGCUUUGCAGGAUGCGGCCAACAUAACGGCGAGGAGCAAACCGUUUGUUUCAGGGGACCGACACACACGUCGAGAUCGCAGCAUUCUCAAUCGCGCCAAAAUGGUGAGGGUGACGAUCGUGCUGGCAGUAGCGCUGCUGCUGCUGGCGGCCGCGGCCAUAUUUGUGGGCGUCUACUUCGGCGUGGACAGGAAGACCCGCCCGAGCGACCACGUGUACUCGAGGGCGGCUGUGGCGGCGGACGCCGGACCGUGCUCGGUGAUUGGCAGCGACACACUGAAGAAAGGAGGCUCCGCAGUGGACGGCUCCAUCGCAGCUUUGCUGUGCGUCGGCCUGAUGAACGCUCACAGUAUGGGCAUCGGGGGAGGUCUUUUCAUCACCAUCUACAACGCGACAAGCGGCACGGUGGAAACGAUCGACGCUCGGGAGACGGCGCCUCGCAAUGCAACUGAGAACAUGUUUGGAAACAGCACUGAUUUGUCCCAGAGAGGAGGUUUAUCCAUCGCUGUUCCGGGAGAGAUUCGAGGUUACGAGCUGGCUCACAAGCGUCACGGCAAACUUCCUUGGAAGGAUUUGUUCGCGCCGAGCAUUGAUCUGGCAGAGAAAGGAUUUCCUAUAGGCAGGCCGCUCGCCGCCGCGCUGGCCGAACACAAGGAAACCAUCAUCAAGGACCCGGCAUGGUGUGAGAUUUUCUGUCGCGGCGGCGGCGUCGACGUCCUGAAAGAAAACGACAUCGUUCGGUUUCCCAAACUUGCCGACACCUACAGGAAAAUAGCGGAAGGGGGCGCUGACACUUUUUACCAUGGAGAAAUCGCAACCAAUCUGGUGGCGGAUAUCCAGGCAGCAGGCGGAAUCAUCACAAUGGAGGAUCUGAGGGAUUAUGCGCCCGUCUUGGAUGAGGAGCCUUUGAACGUGAACGUGGGGGAGUACACCAUGGCUGCUCCAAACGCCCCCGCCAGCGGCCCUGUGCUCUCGCUGAUAUUAAACAUCUUGGAUGGGUACAAUUUAAGCGCUGACAGCAUGGCGAGCGCCGAGAACAGAAUCCUGACGUACCACCGCCUUACGGAGGCCUUUCGCUUCACCUACGCAAAGAGGACCUUGCUCGGCGAUCCGGCCUUCCUCAACAUCACCGACCUCAUUCAGAACAUCACCUCGCAAUCCUAUGCCGAUCAUCUCCGGGGAAAGAUUACAGACUGGACAACUCAUAACAUGAGCUACUACGAACCGGAGUUUUACGUCCCCGACGACAACGGCACCUCGCACCUCUCUGUGGUGGCGGAGGACGGCAGCGCCGUGGCGGCCACCAGUACCAUCAACCAUUAUUUUGGCUCCAAAGUGAUGUCAAGGUCAACGGGGAUCAUCCUCAACAACGAGAUGGAUGACUUCAGCUCCCCGCUCAUCACAAACGGCUUCGGGGUGCCUCCAUCGCCGAAUAACUUCAUCAGGCCAGGGAAAAGGCCAAUGUCUUCCAUGUGUCCAACCAUCCUCUUCGACAAAGAUGGCCAAGUGAAGAUGGUUGUGGGCGCCUCUGGUGGUACCAGGAUCACAACCGCCAUCGCUCAGGUGAUCGUGAAGGCCCUGUUCUUCGACUACGACCUGAAGAGAGCCGUAGCUGACCCGAGGCUUCACAACCAGCUGAGUCCCUCCACCACUCUCUUCGAGUCAGAUUUUGACAAGGACAUCAUAGAAGGUCUGGCGAAGAAGAACCACGAGACGAAAUUCGUCAAGACCUCAGCCGUGGUGCAGGCGGUGGUCCGCCAAGAGGACGGACUCCACGCUCAGUCGGACUCUCGCAAGUCGGGGUACGCCGCGGGCUACUGAGCUCACCCGCCUAAUGCCAUCGUGAUUGCAGAUUAAGAUGACAGACUCUGGGGACUUCUGACGGGUGUCAUUUGCACCGGACACUUUGCCGAAAGGUUCAGGAUUGAUUGUCUAUUUUUUUGUAUAUCAGGACAACCAAAAAAAAAAAAUCUAUCUUGCUCCUGGUGUCUGCUGUAUUUUGACAUCGCCUCAUCCGUCUCCACGACAUUUUAAAGGAGCGACUAUAAAUGUUGAAAGCAAAGGCUCUCUGUGACCUCUUGGCUGAUCAUAAAAGUGUAUGAUUCCUUGCUAUUUAUGAAGACCUUUUUGUAAAUCAUUAGCACUGACAAGACACUGCUGUCCAUUAAAAAAAAAAAGCCAUAGACAUUUGAAUGCUGCAGCUGUUAUAAGUCCAAUUUUCUCCAAAAUUUUUCAGAAUCACCAGAUACAUAGCGCACUGUGGUAUGCAGCUGUACGACGCUACAAGAAUGUGGAAAUGGUUUGCAAAACAAUUGAGACCGGUUGUUUUCUCUCUUGCAUUCGACAUUGUAUUCGCAAUUUUAGUAAGCUGUCUUACUUCUGUUUUGAUGUUUUGAAAUGUCCUUCAACCCUUUUGUCUUCAAAUACUUUGAAAGGUUGUCAUUUCAAUCAUGCAGAGCACAUUGAGUUACCAUCUGUGUGAAAUGUGCUCCACGUAUCAACCACAUGGUACAUUUGUCCAUUUUUGACUGACCACAUGUGAUAUCUCAUGCAAAAAAGAAAUAAAA